AUGACUUCAGUUUUGGUACGCAAUGAAUCUGAGAGCGUCUUAUUAUCGUCGCCCCAUUUAUACGUAGUACCACAAUGUUCCGUGCUCUUCAAUGUCAAGAUAAUAAUAGUGACCAUGUGCUAUAAGGCUCUCAUUGAAUGCAAUGUAUGGAAUUCGAUGAUUCUCAUACUGAUCCAUGGAAGCAUCUUGAUGUGGUUCCUCUUCUUUCCAAUCUACUGCAGAAUCUGGCCCUGGCUCGAUGUCGCCGAUGAUAUGGUCGGAAUGGACUACCAAAUCUUUACUUCCGGGAUGUUCUGGAUCCUGCUUAUGAUCGUUCCAUUUACGGCUCUGCUUAGAGAUAUUGUGGCUAAAAUAUUCUACAAGUACUACUAUCCGAUAGCGCCGGAGAUCCAAAAGCCGAUUAAUUUCGUUAAGAGGUCUAGUGCGUUUCUAAAUAGAGGCAUAUCUGAGAGUGUAUCCAAAAAGCGAAACAAGAGCAAAACCAACAGCAGCAACAACAACCACGAAACUAUAAGAAUGUUAACCGGAAGUAGGGAAUAG